AUGCGGGAGAACACGACCGAGUUUGGCGCGUUUGGCCACGAGGUCGACGACUUUGUUGCUGCCAAUGACCUCCCGUCUCCGGAAGACCACGAGCCAGCGCAUCGCGCGCGCGUGCGUCUCUUCGUCGCGUUCCUCGUGUUUGGGCUGCUCAACAAUGUCCUCUACGUCAUCAUCCUGAGCGCCGCGUUGGAUCUCGUCCCAGCGACAACACCAAAGGGUAUUGUUGCAUUCUUCAACAUCUUCCCAGCUCUGUUGGCCAAAGUCUUUUGGCCCUUGAUAUCCGUUGGCCAAAUCCAGUAUCGCCGCCGUGUUGGCUUCUGUACCGCUAUCAGUUGGUCUGGUAUCGUGAUCAUCGCGCUCUCGCCCAGUGUCCACGCCCGCCUGUUCGGCAUCUCCCUCGCGUCCUUUUCCAGUGGCCUGGGCGAGCUCACCUUCCUCCAGCUCACCACGACCCUGCCCACACGUGCGGCCAGCAGGACCGCACUGGGAGCCUGGGCGAGCGGAACUGGCGCAGCUGGUGUGGCUGGCGCUUCCAUCUGGUGGCUGCUGCGCGGGUUGGGUGUGAAGGUUGGACUCGGGUUAUCUUCUUUCUUGCCCCUGCUCUUCCCGUUCACAUACUACUACGUCCUCCCACCAUGGGAUGCUCUUCACACCACCGGGCCGGCGCCAUACCAAGCCCUGUCUACUGGCGAGGACGAAGCGUCCACCUCGUCAGACAUUGAGCGCGCACCGCCGAGCGAGAAUGAUGCCCUGGCCAAGCCCGGACACCCCGAAGUCUAUCUGACUCCCAGGGAGAAGCUGGAUCUCCUCAAACCGCUGGUGGUGCGAUACAUGCUUCCUCUGUGCUUGGUAUACAUUGAGGAGUAUGUGAUCAACUCGGGCAUUGCACCGACGCUCGUGUUCCCCAUCCCGACGUCUGGUCCGUGGUCGUGGCUGUUCAAGAAUCCGAGGGAUUACUAUCCAUUCUGGAGUCUGACUUACCAGUCAUUCGUGUUCCUCUCCCGCUCCUCCCUCUCCCUCGGCCUGCCUCCCAUUCCGAGGCGUUACCUCCCCGUCCCGACCAUUACCCAGUUCUUCGUCCUCGUCCUGCUCUUCCUCCAGGCCAGACGCUUCAUCUUCAGCACACCCGAGUACACCCCUCCGUUCCCGGAACCUGCGACUGGCGUCGACAGGGCUAUUACGUUUGUGUUCCUGCUCACUUGCCUCGAGGGGCUUUGUGGCGGCAGCGCAUACGUCAACACGUUCUACCACGUCGGGCACGAGGGCGACAGUGGGGAAGAAGUGGAAGUGGAAGGCGGCGCCAAUACCCCGGAAGAGGUCAAGCGCAAGAUGGAGAAGGAGUUUCGUAUCGGUGCCACGGGCGCGGCCGACUCGUGUGGUAUCCUCCUCGCGUCCCUCAUCUCCAUGCCUGUGGAGAUUUCGCUGUGCAACGCGCAGGUCGCGGCUGGACGGCCCACAUGUCGCGAGCUGUAG